AUGUUUGAUUGCCUUUUCCCUUCCCUCUCUCUAUCUUUCCACCCCAUAACUGUACCCUCCCCAUCGUCAGUGCCGAAACCCUCCCCGUCACCAGUGCCAACACCCUCCCCAUCACCAGUGCCAACACCCUCCCCGUGGCCAGUGCCAACACCCUCCCCGUCGCCAGUGCCAACACCCUCCCCGUCGCCAGUGCCAACACCCUCCCCGUUGCCAGUGCCAACACCCUCCCCAUCGCCAGUGCCAACACCCUCCCCAUCACCAGUGCCAACACCCUCCCCGUCGCCAGUGCCAACACCCUCCCCAUCGCCAGUGCCAAACCCCUCUCCACCUCCUCCAACGUCAUCUCCCAGUGAGCCUACAGCCUCUCUCUCCCAAACUGGAGGCGGUUUAUCCGGCGGAGCCAUUGCUGGCAUUGCUGCUGCUGGCACUGUGGCUGUCCUCGUGCUGUUGGUGCUGCUGACCUGGCUUCUGUGGAAGCGAUACCGCACCAAAGGGGCAGCAGGAGGAGACAAUACUAGCACCAAUGUGAAGGAGAUGGCAAGCAAGCACCAUCCGCAUCUUGUGCGUCUAUUGGGCUAUUGCAUCGACUUCGACCUCUCCACACGACUCAUGGAGCAGAUCCUCGUUUACGAGUUCAUGCCCAACCACGACCUUGAGAGCUGGAUUGGUUCUGGUGUCUCCCAUCCUCUUUCGCUUCGUCAAAGGCUUGACGUUCUGAUUGGAGUGGCAAAGGGGUUGCAGUAUCUUCAUGACUUCGGCAUUGUGCAUCGCGACAUCAAACCUGCCAACAUUCUCCUUGAUGCAAAGAUGCAGGCAUGUCAAUAUUACUUUGGGCUUGUGAAGCUUAGUGGGGGCACUGCUAUGGGCACGUCUGUGGCUGCCACACGAGUGAUGGGAACACCGGGCUAUGUGGACCCUGCGUAUUUCAAGUCUCAUAAGGCCACUCCAGCAGCAGAUGUGCACAGUUUUGGCAUGGUGACGCUGGUGGUUAUCACGGCGCGCAAGGCUGUGCAUGUAACACAGGAAAACCAGAUCAAUCUCAAACAAUGGGUGGCCCCGUUGGUGGACUCCGGUGCUGUAUUGGCAUUCAAGGACCCUCACUUGGACGCACCAGAUGACUUGGUGCUGCGCUGGGCUCGCCUUGCCCUCUCCUGCACGGCCAUGCCUGUAGCCUCCCGCCCCUCCAUGAAUCAAGUGCUUUGGGAGCUGGUGAAGUUGAAGGAGGAGGCAUCCGGAGCACAUGAGGGCCAUGUGGGCGAGGCCAAAUCUCGCAUUGACAUGGAGCUUGGGAGCUCCAUUGGCUCCUCCAGCUUCACUGCUGAAAUGGCCCGUGCGGAGCGCGAGGGGGGCAUGCCAAGUGGCUCUUCCACGUAA